GAUGCAAUACGCAAUAUCACGGUGAAAGCAUAUGCAGAGGCAGAGGGGUGGGUGGCAGCAGACUCGCUUCUAAUCUUCCAGGUGAUGAAUAAGAUCCAAGGACUCUCUGUUACUGACUUCAGCAUCAUCACGCCUGCUAAUCAGACCAAAGUGUUCAGUGUGUCCCUGGAGGUGUUCCAUCCCAUCACCUGCCUCAUCAUUGACUUCAACGAUGGGUUGCCUGAAGAGGUGUAUGGCACAGCCCCACUCUGCCAGUCCAAGUACCCCUACAGCGGCCUAUCGAGACGGUCCACUCACUAACCCCUUCAACAUAACACAUGUCUAUGGGAAUGAGUCCUUGUAUAAUGUAUCAGUGGUGGUGGAGGACCUGCUCAUUACUCUGAGACAGCGGCUGCCAGUGGUUGUAGCCUACCUGCCCUGCAAUGCUCCUGUGGUGUGGCUGCCCAAUGGUGUGUCCUCCCCCUUGGAAGCCCCAAUUGUUAUGCGUUCCAGGCCAUUCAGAGUGACGGCAGGUGCUACUGUUGAAUGUAAUGGAACUGUGGCUACCAAAAAAUCAUGGACCAUAACAAAAGUGGAGGGAGAUGGAGGAAUCCCAGUGGAAGAUGUCAUAGUUGAAGGAUUCAUACCCUCGUGGAACUACUCAGAACUUGCUGUUCCCGCCAAUUUCCUUGAUUAUGGGACUUACCUCUUCACUUACAAACUCCAGCUCCUUGCAUCCAAAGUCUUCCCCCUUUUCAGAACUGCCUCUACUUACAUGACUGUAAUAAAGACACCACUACAAGCGGUGAUCAUUAAGGGUGGCAUGUCCAAGGUGAGCCGAGGGUAUGGCACUUCCCUUGUACUGGACCCUCAUCAGUACUCACUGGACCCAGACUGGCCAGAUGACAAGAACUUCACCUACACGUGGUUCUGCCGUACUCUCACUGAUCCUGAGCACCCCUCAGUUGAAGGUCUUCCCCAGGUGUACAACACUCAGCUCAUUCCUGAGCCACUUUCUGUGGCAGGCCAAGCAGGAGGAGGCUGUUUUGGCCAGGGACCUGGCUCACUUGAUUACAUGAUUGGCUUCCUGAACCUUGACACCUCUUCCUUCACUCAUGCUGAUGCAACUUAUGAAAUUGAAGUGUUGAUAGAGAAAGACACACGCUUUGCUGUGUCUCGAGUGUGUGUUGAUGUCCUACAAAAUCCUCCUCCUUCCAUAGAGAUAAAGUGUGCUGAUGAGAAAACCUGCAGGCCAACUUUCUCUGGCCUCUUGGUGAACCCCUCAGCCCGGGUAGCCUUACAGACCCUCUGCUCAGACUAUUGCCACAAUGACAUGGAAUAUUCUUGGUCCAUCACCACUAUUGAGGAUCAGCCAGUUGUGGAAGAGUCGACCUGCACUGAAAACUGCCAGCCAGUGCUUCCAACUGGGAAAAAUUCAAAAGACAUUGCAAUUGGCAGUGAACUCUUCAGGCUGAAUCCAGGUAUUGAGAAGUUUAAAGUGACCCUCACAGUAACCACACCAUCAGGAACUAAAGGGGAGUAUGUCAUGACGCUGGUCCUCAACAAGCCCCCGUCAGGAGGGAGUUGUGAUGUGAAAUUAUCUGUUGGACGAGCUCUCAUUGACAAUUUUGUAUUUGCCUGCACUGGUUGGGCAGACCCCGAAGAGGCAGGAGUGGACCAGUAUGUUUUCUUCAUGUAUGUGGAAACUAUUGGGGACCCUCUGAAGGAAACCAUUGUGGCUUCCACUAGUCCUAAUGCCAACCUCAUCCUGCCCAUAGGAAAGUUUACAAUCUUCUGUGAGAUAUGGGACAAGUUUGGUACCUAUGCAGAGGUGACUGUGGGAGAAGCUGAAGCAACACUACCAUCCCAGGAUGAAGUGGAAGCCUUCAAUACUGCAGAAAGGAUUGAGUAUCUGACUGCUGUUGGAGACCAGUUCACUAUAGGAAUGCUGCUGAAGGCUCAGGCCUCAGUGAGGGAACAUGCUCCAUGGCUCAACCUUGAUAUGAAUGCCUUAAGCAAUCUUACAGCUGAUGAGAUGGAAGACAGGCUAAAGGAUGUGGCCAAGAUGAACACAGAAUCAUUAAAAGCAGCUAUCAACACAAUGAAUGGGGGAAGCUUGGCUCAGCUUAAUGUGAUGGCUGGUGUGAUGAGGACAGCUGUGGCUGGAAUUGACCAGGCAGAACAAGCAGCAAAAACUGUGGAUAUGGAAGCCAGAGAUGCUACUAUGACUUUGUUGAAGACUAUGACGGACAGCCUGGAAAAUGUUGAGGUGCCUUCCCCACAAGACCUAGUGCCUCUCCUCACAUCAUCCCUCAGUGCCAUGAGUUCCAUCAUGAGUGGUGUGAGAAGGAUCAUUGAUGGGGAAAACGUCACCAAUGCUCCACCAACAGAUGUGGAAGCAGCAGAGAACUGGGACUAUGAGGUUGAUAUUGGUGAUGAUGUGAAUCUUGAAAUUCCAAUUAGUCCAACUGUAAUGCGACAAAAGAAUGUUAUUGACACUACAAUCAACAGAGCAAAAGAACAGGUUAACCAAAUGAUGAAUAUAUUGGCAACACUGGUUCAAGAAGUAAGGGAUCGCACUGUGGAUGGGGAGACAGUGGUGGCUCAAUCUCCUAAUGGUGCUUCUAUGAGAGUGGCAAAAAUGUCAGAAGCUGUGUUGCUGGACGGAAUGAAGGUGGAGAUGGCCAAAGGAGGUGGAACUGCUAAGCUUCCUCCAGGGUUCUGUCCAUCCAAUUUUGAGAACCUAGAAGGCUGCAACAGGAGCUUCUCCAUCACAGCCAUCGAGUGGCCAGGCAUCACUCAUUCUUAUGUACCCACCUCAGAGAAGCUUUCCCCAAACACUCGGAUCAUCAGCCUUGAUGUGUUCCUGGAAGGGCAAAUGGUGAAUGCAUCAAGUGUGAAGGAAGGAAUCUUUAUUGAUAUUCCAAGAAACCCAAAGGAACUGCCUGAACCCAUACUGGUGACAGAAAACAAGGCACUUGAGACGAUGGGCCACCACCCCCUUGUUUACCAUGCCUUUAACGUGACAAAUGAAAAUGCAGCCGUUAACAUUGAAGUCUCGGCUAAUGGCAGCCAAGCAUCCCGGCUAGUGAUGCUAUUGGGUUACAAUUACUUGCCAACACCUGCACGCUUUGAGCUACUGAGUCAGGUGACGGCCAUCCCUACCAAUGACAAGGGUGUUCAUGAUUUGCUUCUGACUGGUGACAUCAUUAAAAGCCGCACUGGGCGUUUCUUUGUGGCCAUGGGAUUAGUGAAGGAAGGAGUGGAUGCAGCAGCACUCCAUGCAAACACCACUGCCCUCACCUAUGACAUGCUGGAGCGGAAAAUGGAAGAUUACUCAUUGAGAAUAUUUACUUCUGGGUGCUAUUUUUUCAAUGACUCAUCUCUAAUGUGGUCAUCUGAAAAUUUGGAGGUGGUCAAUGCAACGUAUGAAAGAACAAUGUGCCGGUCGACGCAUCUCACAGCCUUUGGUUCCCGCUUCUUUCCAACUCCAAACUCAAUCAGCUUUGAAUUCAUCUUUGCUAAUGCUGGCUUCCUUGACAACACUGCAAUUUAUGUUACCCUUGCAGUCACUCUGUUUGUGUUUGUUUGUCUACUGAUAGUGGCAAGAAUAAAGGACAAACAAGAUGUGAAAAAGCGAGGAGCCACAGCGCUGCCAGACAACAACAUGGAGGACCGCUACCUGUAUGAGAUUGUUGUGUACACUGGCAGUGAUAAGAAUGCCUCCUGUGAAUCCAAAGUGCAGAUCAUCCUCUCAGGUGAGUGUGGAGAGACAGAAGUAAGGACGCUGGAGGACAAGAACCGAAAAGUGUUUUGUAGGAAUGGAAUUGACUCAUUUGUGAUGGCUGAACCAAGGCCACUAGGAGACCUUCAGUACCUGAGGGUGUGGCAUGACAACUCUGGUGAGGAGGGUAUGUCGUCCUGGCAGCUGGCCUUCAUCAGUGUGAGGGACCUGCAAACGCAACGCAAGACUCUCUUCAUUGCCAACCGCUGGCUCUCCCUUGACCGGGAUGAUGGGGAGAUUGAUGUCACCUUCUCAACCUCAAGCAUGGAUCAACUCACCAACUUUAGCCAUCUGUACGAGGCCAGCAAGCAGCGAGGAAUCAAGGAUCGACACAUCUGGUUUUCCAUGUUUUUCAGGCCUCCCAGGUCUCGGUACACACGAGUGGAACGAACAGCAGUGUGUGCAGCCUUUAUCUACCUCUCUAUGCUGUGCAGUGCAAUGUGGUAUUCAACUAUUCCAGAUGCACCAAUGGGGGAAGGGUUUUUGAGCAUUGGCCCUUUCUCCCUCACUGCUGAAAAGGCAGCUGUGGGUUUGGCCUCCCUUCUAAUAGUGUAUCCAGGGAUCCAGUUCAUCAUUUGGCUGUUCAGAAGAUCAGGUCCACGAGUCCGGCCUUACUCCAGAGCCUUCACCGCUAGGCACGAGCAAUGCCAGCAACAGAGAGAGGAGUCUGGUUUGCCACGAGAGGAGCUGGAGGAACAUACCCGAGUGAGGGACAUUCUCUCCCUUAGCAAUACUGAUGAGAGUCAUGAGAGGCCCUUCUUGCUGGGGUGGUGGGGACGUCUGCUGGCCUGGCUGCUGGUGUUGGCAGUGAUUGGUGUCUCGGUCUUCUUUGUGUGGGCAUAUGCUUUGCAAUUUGGUGCUGAGAAGACCAGUCGCUGGCUUACUUCUCUUAUUGUAACAUUCUUGUUCUCGAUCCUGGUAGUGGAGCCUCUCAUGGUGCUGUUUGGUGCUGUAGUAGAGGCAUCUUGCUGCAAAAGAAAGAAAUCCUUGCAAGUGGAUGUUGAUGAUAUUGACUUUGAUGAGCUGGAACCUGACCUUGAAAUGGAUGAAGAGUGGCAGCAUCUAGAACCCCUGGACCCAACCUACCCAAGGAAAGUCCACAGAAUUCCUGGAAACAAGGACACCUCUAUACUGGACGAGCUGCGUGUGAAGCUGGUGAAGGAACGUGAGAUGACCCUUGUGCUGAGGGACGUGGGCGCCUACCUGCUGUUUGUGUUUGUGGUAAUGAUCCUUACUUAUGGCGAGAGAGAUGAGUCCUCUUACCGCAUGGUGGAAAACUUCAGAAACGCUUUCAUCAAGGAGGGGGAUCUCAAGUGGGAUUAUAAGAACAAGAUGAAGACAACGGACCACUACUGGCGGUGGCUGAAAGAAGUAAUGCUCAGUGAGUUGAGGGCACAGAAUUGGUACAAUGGGAAGCCGCCCUAUGGCCUCAGGGGCUUCCUUGAUGACCGCCAGAACAGGAUCAUGGGGCAUGCCAUUCUGCGGCAAGUUCGCAACAAUAGGGAGUGCAGACCAUCCAAUCAGGUGAAGAUACUUGUAAGUGACUGCAGUGGGUGGCGAGGGGAGUUCUUGGAGGACAAUAAUCAUUACUGUGCACACUGGCUCAACUCUGCUACCCACCCAGGAGCCUGUAGCUUGCCCGAGUUCAGAUACAGCACGGCUAAAGAACUAGAGUCAUUCACCUCAUCUGGACGGCUUGGGAGUUACACAGGAGGAGGAUAUGUACUGCAUCUGAAGGGCACAAGUUCGGAGCUGUUAAGGCGUCUCAACCACCUCCAGCACCUGGGAUGGAUUGACAGAUACACGAGAGCUGUCAUGCUUGAGUUCUCUGUGUAUAAUGCAAAUGUGAAUUUGUUUGGCAUUGCAACCAUCAUGGCAGAGUUCCACCCAGGGGGAGGCAUCAGACCUUACUGGCGCUUUGACUCCAGUCCAUUCAUUCGCAACUCUAAUGCUUAUGGCAGCUUUAUUCUGCUGAAUGAGCUUGCCUUUGUUCUGGCAACCAUCUUCUUCACCUUCAGGGAGUUUUGGAAGUGUUACAAGAGUGGCUUUGGUGUUUAUUUCAGUAGUUACUGGAAUAUGGCAGAGGUGGUCAUUCUGUUGAUUUCUUAUGCAGCCAUUGCAAUCUAUAUUUUGAGAUAUCUGGAGGUGCAGCGGGUGCUCAAGAUCUUUGACACAACGUUUGGCAAUGGUUACAUCAGGAUGGAGUAUGCUGCCCUGCUGGACCUUUACCUGCUCUAUGCUGUUGGUUUCAUUGUUUUCUUCACUACUGUCAAGUUCAUCAAGCUUUUGCAGUUCAACAAACGCAUGAAUCUUUUGGGUCUGACUCUUUCCAAAUGCUGGGAGGAUCUGGAAGUGUUCUUCUUUACCUUUGGUGUUAUUUUCUUUGCUUUCACCACUCUUUUCUUCACCAUCUUCAAUCUUCAGCUGGAGGAGUUUUCAAACUUCAUGGCUUGUCUACAAAUGAGCUUUGCUAUGAUGCUUGGGAAGUUUGACUUUGAAUCAAUGACACUGGCAAACUAUUUGUCCCCUGUAAUGUUCUUUGUGUUCUCCCUCAGUACCAGCAUGAUACUUAUAAACCUCAUGCUCACCAUCAUCAUCAGGACAUUUACACAGAUCAAGAAUGACCUUAAGAACAAGCCCAACAAGUAUGACAUCCUUGAUUACAUCACUAAUAGGACAAUGCUGUUCUUAAAUCUCAGAACAGAGAAGCCAUUACCCAAAGUUGCCCCACCUGUCCUGGAUAAUGAGACCUCUGCUCCCACAGAUACCCCAGCAAGCAAGGAAUUCCCAGAAAAGGUGGAUGUCCUCCUUGCUUACAUCAAUGAGAUGUAUUUUAGUGGACAGAUGGACUUCAAUGAUCCUUACACAAAGAAGUCAAUGAUGGGAAGUAAAUCAACUAAAUUGUAUGGUAAAUAUGCAGAAAUGGAAUAAAAUUAGGAAAAGAAGGAAAUACAGAAAUGAGUCAAUCACAUAUCACACUUUAAUAAUGGUUCUUCUAUAUAAAAUAAUUUGGAAAAUGCUCUUUUGAGUUGGAGAUAAGCAGGCUAUGAUUGUCUUGAUUUUUAGGGUGUGAGAUUUAGACACCUGCACAUUUCUCUCUAAUGGGAUUAAUUGGUAUCCAUUGCAGUGUGAAGAGU